CGGAGGUGCUGGGAGGCAUGGACUGUGAGCACACAACAGUUCCACAGGUCACCAUUCACGGCAGUCAGCCCUACAGGAAUCCAGCUGUGCCUUAACCUGGCAAAGGAAAAGGGUAGGAUCGGACAGAUCGAGGAUUGCCCAUGAGUGAAGGGCCUUGCCAGUCAUUGGCAAGCAGGGUGAGGACAGCAUGAUGGUGGACAGUCCUGCAGAAUGUGGCCAGGGAAGGGCAGAGUUUGGCAGAGUCUUUGCUGGUUUUGUGUCCACAGAGCUGGCAGCAGUGGCAGAAAUCAGCAAGCUUGCCCCUGUACUGAGAGACCGCAAGCCCAUGGCAGCUGCUGGUGCCACCACUCUGAUCUGCGGGGACUGUGGCAAGAGCUUUGCCAGGAAGUCGGACUUCAAAGUGCACCAGCGGAUCCAUACAGGCGAGAGGCCCUACAAGUGCACCUACUGCAGCAAGGGCUUCUACCAGGCCUCCAUGGUGCGGCGGCACGAGCGCACACACACUGGCGAGAAGCCCUACCGCUGCUCUGUGUGCGAUAAGUCCUUCGCCCGCUCUACCUCGUUGCUGAUCCAUCAGAACACGCACACUGGCGACCGGCCAUACGAGUGUCCCUUCUGCGAGAAGACCUUCUCUGACCCCUCCACCUUGCUCCAGCAUCGCAAGAUGCACAUGGGCCUCAAGCCCUUCCAUUGUGGCAUCUGCAACAAGUCCUUCAGCCAGUCAUCCAGCUUCACCUUCCACCGGGCUACUCACACCAAUGAUCGUCCCUUUGUCUGCUCCGAGUGCGGCAAGGCCUUCAUCCGCUCCACUGCCCUGCUCAAGCACCGGCAGACCCAUGUCCAGAAGGCCUUUCGCUGUGGGGAGUGUGGCAAGGUUUUCCCCAAGCUCUCAGGCCUCCGCUCCCACCAGCGGAUGCAUGCCCAAGGCCACCGGAUAGAGAUGGAGUUGCGGGAGGAGGAGCAGAGCCGCUGGAAUGUUCCCACACUGAGGUUCCAAGCCUAUGACCCUCUGCCCCAGGACUGUCCCCUCCCCAGCUUGGCUGUGCAGCCGGAAUCCUAUUACCUCACUUUCUCAGCCUAUGACCUCAUGCAGUCUGAUAAGCUAGGUGGGUCAUGCUGGGCCAGAACUUCAAUGGGAGACCUCCAGGGAAAGCACAGGAUCCUGAAAGCAGAUAUUCAGAAGCAGAAGUGGAAAAUGGCAAGCACAGAAUGCUCUGAGAGACGGGACCAGGAGUACCCCAGCAGCAGUUUGGCUCAGGGAUCCUAUGGGGACAGAAAGAAGACCACGAACACAUGGUGUGAAAAUGAUGAAGGCGAUGAGGAGGAGGAAGCUGAGGAAAGCGACAGUGAUCAUUUUGGGAGCGGCAUGCAGAAAGACCAAGAUCCAGUGUCCAGCAGCUCCAUGCCAAGGGAGAGCAAGGCAGAGGACCUUCUGUGUGAGGAAGACGAGGUCUUUUAUGAGACCUUCACCCUUAUCAAUGCCAAUGGCGUGGCCAAGAAGUUGAACAUGAUGGUCAGUCUUCGCACCAAGAGUGAUGAGGACGAUGAGGAAAGCAGCAAGGAGACAUUGUGUCAGAAGUGGCACAGCCGGCCAGUGAGGAAGCCUGCUGUUCUUCGGCGCAGCCCGCAGGGCAUAAAGCACUUUGGCAGGGUGCUGCCAAGCUCAACGGAGUACGUGGACACUGUGGUUACCCUGGACAGCGAUUUGGACGACCCAGCCAGGGACAGCCUGCCGUGCAAUGGCAUGGAGAGCAUCAAGAGCUACAUGACCAGGAAAGUAGAGGGAGGGGUGUUCCCAGGAAAUCCAAGUAUGGACUUCAGCAAGCCAGGGGGGAGCAAAGAGCUUCCCCUGAAAAGAAAGAGAGGGGUGAAGUGGCUGAACCCGAAAGCUGCCAACAAGCCAGCUGAGAUAGCGGGCAGUGUCGGGGCCCUGAAAGCAGCCACGGUCAGGAGGGUCAGGAUUGGGGCACAGCAGGUGGGCAGCAGCGAGGUGGAGGAGCGGCCUUACAAAUGCAUGCAGUGUGGACGGGCCUUUAAGAAAUCCAGCAACCUCCUGAGCCAUAUCGACACACACAGUGGGGCCAAGCCGUAUGCCUGUGAGCUGUGCGGCAAGGCCUACUCACACCAGGGUACCCUGCAGCAGCACAAGCGUCUGCACACAGGCGAGCGCCCCUACAAGUGCCCGUUCUGCGUCAAGGCCUACACUUGGUCCUCGGACUACCGUAAACACAUCCGCACGCACACCGGCGAGAAGCCCUACAAGUGCCUGGACUGCGAGAAGGCCUUUGUGCGCUCCUCGGACCUGCGCAAGCACCAGCGCAACAUGCACAGCAACGACAAGCCUUUCCCCUGCCAGGAGUGCGGCAAGACCUUCAACAAGCCACUCUCGCUCCUGCGCCACCAGCGCACCCACCUGGGUGAGAAGCCCUUCCACUGCCCUGACUGCGGCAAGGAGUUUGCCGUGGCCAGCCGCAUGGUGGAGCACCAGCGCAUCCACACAGGCGAGCGUCCCUACUCCUGCGCCAUCUGCGGCAAGUCUUUCACCAAGUCCUCCAACCUCUUCGAGCACCAGACGCUGCACACUGGCGAGCGCCCCUUCAAGUGCUCGGAAUGUGGCAUGGCCUUCGCCCAGUCCUCGCGCCUCAUCCGCCACCAGCGCAUCCACACCGGCGAGCGGCCCUUCGCCUGCGCCGAGUGUGGACAGGCCUUCGCCCGCUCCUCCACCCUCAAGAGGCACCAGCAGAUCCAUAGUGGGGAGAAGGCCUACCUGUGCUCAGACUGCGGUAAGGCCUUCCGCCAUGCCUCGCAGCUUACCCAGCACAUGCGGGCGCACACAGGGGAGCGGCCCUACCAGUGCGCCCAGUGUGCCAAGGCCUUCACUCAGUCCACCCACCUCAUCCGCCACCAGGCCAAGCAUGGUGCCAGCAAUGGGGAGCCGUUCUCCUCUUCCGACGAGUGAGUCCCUCCCUAGUGGGGCAGCUGACACCAGGCACUCAACACACCUGUCUGCUGAGGGGUCAAAUACAACAGACCUGGGCUUCAUCGGGUAGAGCAAAUACGAAAGAGCGUUUGUACACAACAUGGAGCAGGCACCACUCUCUGACCAAGUUGCUUGUUGACUAAAGGAGGAGAUCUCCAAGUACUUGUCUUCAUAAAUGCACACAAAAGGAUCCAACCAGAGCCCUCCUGUGACAGGGGAUACAGACGAGGAGAGAGAUUAUGAAGAAUACACCCACCUUGUCAUCUGUCCAGGCACCAAGUUCAGCUGUUUACCAAGAUCUUCCUGCUGGACAAAAGUUCAAAAGCACAUCCCAAACUGACUGACACUCCAUAGCUGUUGCUCCUUCAUGGGCCCUCAUGCCAAUUCCUGCUGCCCCUUCAAGUGUAGUUCUACUCUGAAAAGGGACUAGGUAAGAAAAUGGCAGAUCCGCUCCCAGUACAUGUGUUCAGAGUUGCAUCUGACACAACACUGCUUUUUACUCCUGUUUGCCCUGCAGAGCCAGCUCAGCUAACGGAGUGUGAGCUGGAGUCUAUUCCUGCUUGUGUGUCCUUAAGAGAAUGGUUAAUGAGGAGCUGUCUACAUGUAGAAAUCAUACUGGUUUCACUAAAUAGAUUUAAAAAUACACUUUUGCUUAAAGUGAUGCAAGACAAAACAUACACUCCAUGCAGUUCAUGUGAAACACCUUGGAAGGAAACAGGAUGGAAUAGGGAUCACUUAGGGCAUGGUUUACGUGUAGAGUCUCUGUUACUGGUGAUGAUGCAGGAGAAGGAAAAAACCCUUCUUAAUUCUCAGAGCCCAGGUUGCAUAUGCAGUUCUGUCAGCUACAAAAUAUAUCUUAUUACUUGUAAGUUGCACACAAAUCACUCACAGAAUGUAAAUAUGGAACCCAACGAUGUCAUUUUUAGAGAUCCCUUUGUCAGAGCGUAACUGCACUUUGAGAUAUUAUAAUCUCCGUAAUGAGGAGUGGCCAGCCUGUCAACAGCUUUCCUGAAGUAUCUCUCAUAUGAUACCAUGAAAAACAAAACAAAACAAAUAUAUGUACUGUGGGAUACUUACAAAUGAAGGCACUGGCAUCAUUCCCUUCUUACUGGCCUGUUGCUAGGAAAAGGAUGAAAGCACUUUUUAAAUGGGGUUGUGCUGGCCAUGGCUGGCUGAAUUAUUGACACUGUACACAGCGAUUUUCCAAUAACUGCAGAGAUACUGGGUUGCAAAUGCACAACUGAUCAGUUUUUGUCUCGUCUUGCGUCUGAUCCUGCACCGCUGAAGCUGAUGGGUGUUUUUGCCAGUGGGAGCGGGAGCAACCCCCCACUGCUCAAUUCUGCACUUGAAGUAUUCAUAGCUCCAGAUAGCUCUGCUUUAAAACAUCUGUCUGUCCUCAAGACUUUCCAGCAAGCGGCAUCCCAAUUAAGCAGAAUUAGCUUCCUGAUUAAGCAGCAGUCCCAUUCCUUGCUGUUUUAUUACCAGUUGGCAUCAGUCGGUUCCCUAAUUACGCAGACUUAACAAAGUCAACUUUCUUUUAGCGUCUCUCUCUCUCUGUUGGUGAAGCUAGCUUUCUGAAUGUGAACCAGUCUUUCUGAGUCUGCAGACAGCCAGCUCCAAUGUCUCUGCUGCUGCUCAAAAACUUUACUGGCUAGCAGCACCCUGGAGUUCCACUGCUGCUUUUCAGAAACUGGUGGGCAGCAGUGAAGAUGUUAGGCAUCUUGUCAAUUUCGUGGUGCUUGAGAAAGCUAGGAAUAGCCUAAGAGGUGACACUGGAGUUACUCACCAGGGAGGAGAACCCAAAAAGCAGAGGUUGUGGGAAACUUCUUCCUCUCACCUUCCUGGCAGCUGUCAAGAAGAGGAUUUUCCCACCUCGCAACAGCCUGGUGGCUCUAAAGGAGUGAGAGAAGAGACAGAAAGCUCCUUCCUCCCUUCCAGCUGCUAAAGCAGGGAUGGGCAAACUUUUUGGCCCGAGGGCCACAUCUGGGUGGAGAAAUUGCAAGCAGGGCCAUGAAUGUAGGGCUGGGGCAGGGGGUUGGAAGGGA